CACCAUGGUACAUUGGGCCUUCUCCUCAUUCCCCCUCCACCACCACCUCACAUCACCACCACCACCACCACCACCUCACACCACCACCACCUCACACCACCACCACCACCACCUCACACCACCACCACCACCACCACCACCACCACCACCACCACCACCACCACCACCACCACCACCACCACCACCACCACCACCACCACCACCACCACCACCACCACCACCACCACCACCACCACCACCACCACCACCACCACCACCACCACCACCACCACCACCACCACCAUCACCACCACCUCACACCACAACCAACACCACCUCACACCACCACCACCACCACCACCUCACACCACCACUGCCACUUCACACCACCCCCACCGCCACCACCAGCAGCACUCAGCUCGCCCCCCUUCCAGCCGGCACUCUCAGCACCCAUGGCCCUGCAGUGUGCAGUGAGACAGUGGCAGGUUGUGCGCUC